AUGCCUAAAAAUCUUAACUACCUGGAAGCCGGAACACUUUCUUGCGCCGCUCUCACGGCGUGGAAUGCCCUUUAUGGAGUCAGGCCAGUUGGUGCCGGUGACUGGGUUCUGACCCAAGGUACAGGAGGAGUGAGCAUUGCUGGCUUACAGUUCGCCAAGGCGGCAGGUGCUAGGGUCAUCGCGACAACCUCUUCUCCCGCCAAGGCUGAGAUGUUGAAGAAGCUUGGAGCAGACCAUGUCAUCAAUUACAAGAAGAACCCGAACUGGGGCGAUGAGGCUAAGGCUAUCAGCGGAGGCGUCAAGCAUGUCAUCGAGGUCGGAGGCAUGAACACUAUGAGGAGAGCCUCAACGCCGUCGGCCUUGGUGGCGUCGUCACUAUCAUUGGCUGGGUUGGCGGACAGGCAGAUGGCGGACUGGAUUUCAAUUUUAUCCAAAGCCGCAUGGCUAUCUUGA